AUGGAGGUGCUCAACAUCCUCUUGUGCAUCAUUCUCCCCCUCCCUCUCAUAUUUCUGCUCAGCCGUCAUGGACGCAAGAAGCUCCCACCUGGUCCGCCAACCCUGCUAUUCAUAGCCAAGUUUCUGCUGCCCGGGCGGUCAGCCUCCUAUAUUGGCCCUAUGCUACGUGGGUUGCACGCUCGCCACGGCCCCAUUUUCUCCUUCUGGCUCCUGCGCAUGUUCGUCUUCGUGGACGACCGCCACCUCACGCAUAGUGUCCUCGUCAAGGGCGGUGGCAACUUCGAUGGCCGACCACCGCCGAACGGGAUUAUGCAACUAUUUUUUCCCCACGGAAUCGGCACUUCACCCUACGGGGACUAUUGGCGUCUGCUACGCCGCAACCUCAACGUGCAUGCACUGCACCCAUCCCGCAUCAGGCUCUUGGAGCCGGCAAGGCAGCGUGCGCGCAACGCCAUGCUUGCCUCGCUACGUGCCGAUGUCGGUGUAGAUGCGUCGCGGGUCAUUACGGUAAGGCCAUUUUUGGCGCGUUGUUUGUUCCAGCUGAUUGUAGAGAUGAGCCUCGGCGCAAGGCUUGGCCAGGAACUGAUCGACGAGUUGCAAGAGAUGAACCGGCAGAUUUACCUCGCCAUGGCUCGCUUUCCCGCCUUUUGCUUCUUCCCGGCGCUCUCCAUGCGGAAGCGGUGGGCACAGUACAAGACGCUACGUGAGAGGCAGAGCAAGGUGCUGCUCCCGCUGAUUCACUCGUCCUGCGGCACCCCGUGCUAUGCCGGCUCCCUCCUGGAGCUCCGCGUGCCCGAGGAGGGCGGCCGCCCGCUGACUGACGCUGAAAUGGUCUCCCUCUGCUCCGAGUUCAUGGUCGGCGCAAUGGACGCAUCUGUGGCCAUGAUGGAGUGGACCAUGGGGGAGCUGGUGAACCACCCCGACGCUUAGGCCAAGGUGUAUGAGGAGGUGAGGGGCAAGCCUGAGCUCAACGAAGACGACCUACGCGGGAUGCAAUACCUCAGGGCUGUUGUCCUGGAGAGCCUGCGGCUGCACCCUGGGGCACACUUAAUACUCCCGCACGCCGUGCAGAGCGACGCGGAGAUCGCCGGGUAUAGGGUGCCCAAGGGCGCCGUGAUCAACUUCCUGGUCGCCGACUUUGGACUUGACGAGACUGCGUGGACGGCGGCACGGGAGUUCCGGCCUGAGCGGUUCCUGGACGGCGACGGCGACCUGGACAUGACGGGGAGCGGGGAGGUGAAGAUGGCGCCUUUCGGCGCUGGCCACAGGAUGUGCCCGGGGCACAUGCUCUCCGUGCUGCAUGCGGAGUACUUGGUUGGCGCCCUCGUCAGGGACUUCCAGUGGCUUCCGCCGCCAGGAGAAGACACUACCGUUGACAUGACCGAGGAGCCAGGUACCUUUAUCGUCAUGAAACACCGCCUUCGUGCUCGUAUCAUCCCAAGGACUUGUUAGUUACUUCUUCCGCAAAUUGUGUCAGUUCGGCCAACUUUGCUCUCGACCUACCUACAUGUUGCUGCCACUGUAACGGUCUUGGCCACAUGAAAUAAAGAGGAUUGUUAUUUA